AUGGAAGGGCGGGCCCCACAGAACGGCACCAGCGAGGUCAAAGACGUCGACCGCACCGCCUCCUCCGAGACAGUACCAGCGUUGCCGCCUCCUCCUGGCCACGCCCGCAAUGAAAUGUACAUCAUCCAAUUCCCAAAGGACCAAGUCUACCGUGUGCCACCACGUGAGAAUGCCUUGAUCAUGGAAAGAUACCGCAAACCACCAGACGUGAAAAGAAGCAAUGGUUCCUGUUGUUGUGGCUCUCGCCUCUUGCUCACCAUUGCUCUAAUUCUCGUUUCCAUCAUUGCUAUACUUGGCAUUACUUUUGCCAUCUUGUUCUUCAUCUUCAACCCUACGGCACCUUCAUUCUCUGUCACCGAUGUUGUGGUUGUGAAACCUGGGCCUGGGAAUAGGAACCCGCGACCACAGUACCAAAUUGGGUUGAGGGCGAGGAACCCUAAUGAAAGGUUGGGAAUUGAAUACGAGAAGGCUGAGGUUUCCCUGCUGUUCGAGGAAAAAAAGGUUGCAACGGGCAUGUUCCCAAUGUUGGAACAAGGUCGAGAUUCUUCGAAGCAGGUCAAGGUUGAGCUAACAGGAUCUAAUGGACCAUUGCCUAAGGAGAAAGCCAACACACGCGUUGCUUUGGAUUUGGAUAUGAAACUUGGGAUGAGGAUCGAAGCUGCGGGACUCAAGUCAUGGGUUAUGAAGUCUCAUGUGAUGUGUAAGGUUGAGGUCAACAGUCUCGUGAACAACACGCGAGUCUUGUCACAAGAAUGCGAUGCCAAAUUCAAGCAAUAUUGA